CGCUGAGGCGAGGGGCGGAUCGCCGAGGGAUUGUUAGCCAAGAUGGCGGUGGCGGCUGCCGCGGCGAGGGUCUGGGGGCUAAGUCGAGGCUUGGGCCAGGCUGGCCUCCUGCUCCUGCGGCGGCCAGGGGCUCGUGAGCUGGCUAGAUCACAUCCCCAGAGGCAGCAGCAGCAGCACUUCUCGUCACUGGAUGACAAGCCGCAGUUCCCAGGGGCCUCAGCGGAGUUUACAGACAAGCUAGAGUUCAUCCAGCCCAAUGUCAUCUCUGGCAUCCCUGUCUACCGCGUCAUGGACCGGCAGGGCCAGAUCAUCAACCCCAGCGAGGAUCCCCACCUGCCGCAGGAGAAGGUGCUCAAGUUCUACCAGAGCAUGACGCUGCUCAACACCAUGGACCGCAUCCUCUACGAGUCCCAGAGGCAGGGCCGGAUAUCCUUCUACAUGACCAACUAUGGCGAGGAGGGGACACACGUGGGAAGUGCAGCAGCCCUGGACAGUACGGACCUCGUGUUUGGCCAGUACCGAGAGGCAGGUGUGCUCAUGUACCGGGACUACCCCCUGGAGCUGUUCAUGGCCCAGUGCUAUGGCAACGUGAGCGACCUGAGCAAGGGGCGCCAGAUGCCCGUCCACUAUGGCUGCAAGGAGCGCCACUUCGUCACCAUCUCCUCUCCACUGGCCACGCAAAUCCCUCAGGCGGUGGGGGCGGCCUACUCGGCCAAGCGGGCCAACGCCAACAGGGUCGUCAUCUGUUACUUCGGAGAGGGGGCAGCCAGUGAGGGGGAUGCCCACGCUGGCUUCAACUUCGCCGCCACCCUUGAGUGCCCCAUCAUCUUCUUCUGCCGGAACAAUGGCUAUGCCGUCUCCACGCCCACCUCUGAGCAGUACCGCGGGGAUGGCAUCGCGGCUCGAGGCCCUGGAUAUGGCAUCCUGUCCAUCCGUGUGGAUGGCAAUGACGUGUUUGCCGUGUACAACGCCACCAAGGAGGCCCGGCGGCGGGCUGUGGCGGAGAACCAGCCCUUCCUCAUCGAGGCCAUGACUUACAGGAUCGGGCACCACAGCACCAGCGACGACAGCUCGGCGUACCGCUCGGUGGACGAGGUCAGUUACUGGGACAAGCAGGACCACCCCAUCUCCCGGCUGAGGCACUACCUGCAGAGCCGCGGCUGGUGGGACGAUGAGCAGGAGAAGGCCUGGAGGAAGCAGUCCCGCAAGAAGGUGAUGGAGGCCUUUGAGCAGGCCGAGCGGAAGCUGAAGCCCAACCCUAGCCUCAUCUUCUCGGAUGUGUAUCAGGAGAUGCCUGCCCAGCUCCGCAAGCAGCAGGAGUCUCUGGCCCGUCACCUCCAGACCUAUGGCGAACACUACCCCCUGGAUCACUUCGAGAAGUGAGGCCACUCACUCCACCCCCACCCACCUCAACUGCCUCAAGAGGCAGCCCCACUCUGAGGGGCAGAGGGGGCUGGCAGGAUGCUACCCCCGUUCCCGGACAGCUCCCUCCAGCACACUCAGGGGCCAGGGCAGUACUUGGGGCGGCUCCUGCUCCUCUAAGUUGUUACAUUGGUGGGGCCUCGAAGGGUCAGCCCCUUCUUCACCUUUAGUUAGUUACAGGGUCUUCUCCCAGGGGCCGGGCGAGGGUGCCUCCAGGACUGCAAGCCCCUCAGGGCUGGGGGUGGAUGUGACAGGUCAGCCUGUGGAACUUACUCAGAGGGAGAGGUGGUCGGCAGGUAGUGAAUAAACUGUGUCUCUGCAUCUGGCUCCAUGCCA